AUGAGCGUUCCUCCUUACCAGGGAGAUGAUAUCCCUAGAAAUGAAAUUAAAUCCGUUGAUGCGAGUCGGGAUGAAUUAUCAGUGGACUCAGAUGCUGCAAGGUUGGCAGAGAUGGGAUAUACCCAAGAGAUGGAGCGAGGUUUCAGUAAAUGGACACUGCUCGGAGUGAGCUUUGCGCUUACAAACUCGUGGUUUGGAAUUUCUGCUUCUCUGGUUACUGGAAUCUCGUCCGGUGGUCCUAUUGUUACAGUAUAUGGUAUUGUUAUCAUUGCGAUUAUCAACGGCUGUGUUGCAGUUUCAUUGUCGGAGUUGGUCAGCGCUAUGCCAAAUUCUGGCGGUCAGUACUUCUGGGCUAGUGAGCUGUCUCCCAAAAAGUACGCAAAUUUCCUUGCCUACACAACUGGAGCUAUUGGAUAUGCUGGAAGUCUAUUUACCUGUGCAAGUGUUGCACUGGCAAUUGGAAGUGCCUUAAUGGGAAUGAUCCAGUUGAACCAUCCAAAUCUAGUGAUCGAGAGAUGGAUGCUUCUUCCUAUACGUUUCUCUUGUGUCCAUGAUCACCAUUACCAUCACAGUGCUUGCAACAUCUUCCCCGAAACAAAAUGCCAGAUUCGUGUUUGCAAACUUUGUCAACAAUACUGGAUGGGAAUCAAACGCGAUCGCCUUCAUUUUCCCAGGCCCGAACGUAAUAUACCUUUCGCUAUCAUGGGUACAGUUGCGAUCGGUUUCUUUACCGCCUUUAUUUACUCCAUUUCUAUGUUUUUUUCUAUGAACAACCUAGAUGAACUUGUUUUUUCGAGCACCCUCGUCCCAAUUCUAGAGCUAUACUACCAAGCGACGGGCUCCAAGGCCGGGGCAACAUUUUUGGAAUUUAUGAUUUGCUUCACUGGAUUGGGAUGUCAGAUUGCUUGCCACACCUGGCAGGCUAGGCUCUGCUGGUCGUUCGCUCGUGACAGAGGGUUGCCAGGCUCUCAUUUGUGGUCCCAGGUGCACCCAAAGAUGGGUAUCCCGUUCUAUGCCCACAGUAUGAGCUGCUUCGUCGUAGCCCUGUUGGGUCUUCUAUAUAUUGGAUCAACAACUGCAUUUAACAGUAUGGUUACCGCUUGUAUCGUCCUUUUGUACAUUUCUUAUGCCGUUCCCAUCACCCUCCUUCUCAUUAAGGGUCGUAACAACAUCAAGCACGGUCCUUUCUGGCUCGGUGGGUUUGGCCUCGCGGCCAAUAUCGUCACUCUUAUAUGGACAUUAUUUACACUGAUUAUGUACUCGUUUCCAUACGGGAAACCUGUUACGGCUGGGUCUAUGAACUAUGUCUCCGCUGUUUACGCGGUUGUUUUUGUCUUAGUAUUCGGGUAUUGGUUUCUUCGUGGUCACCGCACAUUCCGGUCGAAAGACGAGCGGGUUGUGGAGGCCGAGCACCUCACAAAUCACAUCCCACAGGCCAGUAACUAA